AUGGUUGCUGACAAACGGGUGAUGGCUGUGUCCACGCACGGCUCGACGGGCCCCUGCGGUCUGCUGGUGGCAGCGGGUCCCGCACUGCCUCACUUCCCUAAAUGAGCAAUUUCACUUUCAGAAGCCCGGGUCCGGCCCUGGCAGGCCCGGGUGGCAUCCCCGGGGUGCCUUGGCCCCUGGCCGGGCCCGUGACUGCCCCGACUGGAUGCCACCAUGGCCCUGGUGGUGCUGCUGCCGCUGCUGCUGCCUCUUCUGUGGCCACAGGGCUGCAUCUCAGGGCCGCCGGCCGAGGGCUCGUACAUCAAAUUGCGGCACCAAGAAGGGGACACUCUGUUAGUGCAGUGCUCCUACAAGAGCCGCAGAAGCCGCAUGGAAGGCAGGGUCUGGUGCAGAAUCUGGAAGAAGAGAUGCGAGCCUGGGUUCACCCGCGUCUGGGCAAAGGGGCCCAGCUACCUGAUGCAGGACGACGCCCAGGCCAAGGUGGUCAACAUCACCAUGCAGGGCCUCAAGCUCCAGGACUCGGGCCGAUACUGGUGCCUGCGCAACAGCUCCGGGACCCUCUACCCCAUGAUGGGCGUCCAUCUGGAGGUGUUCCCAGCUUCCACCACGGAGAAGAGCAUGCCUCUCACAUACCUGGCCAACGUCCCCAAGAGUGGUGCUGUCAUUGCAAAAGAACAAGCCUCCACGCCAGGCGCCCGCGCCCCUCUCUCCAUGGGCAUGACGGUGUCCACCUCUGGAGCGCUCACCGUGGCCAGACUCUCGUCCUCCUCUGCUUCACACACCAUGAGACCCAGCUCCCCCAACACCAGCAUCACCAUCGUGGGGCCCUGGAGAGCCACAGGGUCCUGGGCGGUGACUGAAGCUCCCAGCACUGCCCAAGCCACCCCUGCUAGCCCAGCACCCAUGUCCACGAAGCCCGCGCUCCUCGGCACCAGCUCACCCACCACGGGAAUGUGCCAGAACAAACUACCCUCCCUCAGGUACCUGCUGCAGGGCGAGCGCCAGGAUAUUCACAUCACAGUGCUCGUGGUGGUGCUGGCCCUCUUCCCGGUGCCCGUGAUGUUGAUCGUGGUCUAUGGGUUUUGGAAGAAGAGACACACAGGAAGAUACAGCUUGUGCCACGACCCUGCCAGGCCCUGGAGGGACCCGCCCAGAAGCCCAGAGCCCCUGCAGAAGCUGGCUUAG